UGGCGGAUGGCGGUGACGUCGGGGCGGGCGGCGGCCGUCAUGCAGGCUGCGGGAGGACCUUCUCGCUGACUUUUUGGGGCUAGGACCCAAAUUAUCCUCAUAUUCUGGCUAUGGACCCGGCAUCCAUCGCACUCCGGACUCGCAGUGACCUCAAGCACUCCCACACCAACCUGGAAAUCGAGUUAUAUUACCUGAUCGUGAGGUUUCUUUCGGCGGGGCCCUGCAGUGAGGCGACUCAGGUGUUGAGGCGAGAGUUGCUGCUCCACCAGCUGUUGCCCAAGAGACAUGACUGGCUGGGCAAUGAACACAUCAAGACCUUCGAACAGUGGGAUGAGGAGAACAAACAUUUACGGUCGGACCACCUGGCCCGUAUGGUCGCCAGGUUGGGGCCUGCCAUGGACCAGCUGGUGCAGCUACCUCACCUGUCAACCAGCACACUGCUUGGGGCUGGCUCACAGUCACUCCUGCGGACGCAGGAUGAUUUGUGGAAGAGCUACAACACUGUGUCAAGUGUGGUGGCCAGACCCAGGGGACGUGCUGCUCUAGAUCCAGUGAGGCUUAAAGGGUUGCCCUGCCACGUUCAUACAUUGCUGGGCCGAGAGGUGGGCGCCACCUUGCGGCGCUCCCAUGUCCUUAACAACAAAUUCUUCAGCCGCAUGCAGCUCUGUCUUCGUUCCAUCGGACACCUCUCAGCUGUGUACUGCAUGCUGUUUGACCGCACUGGCAGGUACAUCAUCACAGGUGCAGAUGAUACCCUAGUCAAGAUAUGGAGUACCAUGGAUGGGCGACUCCUUGCUACUCUACGGGGUGCCUCAGCUGAGAUUUCAGAUCUUGCCAUAGAUAGUGAAAACACUUUGAUAGCUGCAGGUUCCUGUGACAAGAUCAUCAGAGUGUGGAGCCUACAAACACUGGCUCCGGUGGCCGUUUUGAGCAGUCACACAGGAAUGGUGACAGCACUCCAAUUCUGUCCUGUCCCAGACAAUGAGGGGGUGCUGGUGUCCACAGGUGGUGAUGGCUGUGUUGCAUUCUGGACCUACGUUUGCCGUGCUGGGGAUGUCAGAUUUGACUCCAAGCCUCUUAAGGUGAAUGAGAGGGUUCGGCCAGGCAAUGCUCAGCUAAUCUGUGCUUCGUUCAGCCAGGGAGGACACUUUUUGGCUCUAGGAGGAGCUGAUCACUUUGUCAGGGUGUACCAGCUUGGAGGAGAGGAGGGUGUGCAGAAACUGGUGGAGUCUGAAAGGCACCAGGACCGUGUGGACAGUAUACAGUGGUGCCACCGAGGACUCAUGUUUGUGUCUGGCAGCAGGGACGGUACUGCCCUUAUUUGGCGAUAUGAGAGCCAACAUUGGAGGAAUAUCACCCUCAACAUGCUCAACACACUACCAGGAGAUGGGCCACCCAUGGAAGAUGUGCGGCGGCUGCAAGUCACAAUGGUAGGCUGGAACCAGAAUGAUGAGUUUGUCAUAACGGCCAGCACUGAUAAGAGACUGCGAGUGUGGGACAGCCAAACAGGAGAACUGAAGCAAAUUCUGCGUGGCCAUGAAGACAAUGCAUAUGUGAUAGAAGCACAUCCUCAUGAGGCACGUCUACUCCUCACAGCGGCUCAUGAUGGUCAGCUUAUAAUAUGGGAUGUUGUGACUGGCGAGCUGGUGUGGAGCUUCAAGAACACCAUUGAGGGCCAGGGCCAUGGUGCUCUGUUCGAUGCCAAGUGGUCACCGGAUGGCUUCUCCAUAGCUGCCACAGACUCCCAUGGACACCUCAUUCUCUUCAGCAUCACUAACAGUGAACGGUUUAAGCAGAUUCCGAAGGAGUUGUUUUUCCACACUGACUAUCGGCCUCUCAUGCGGGAUGCCAACAGCCAUGUACUGGAUGAGCAAACACAGAUGGCACCACACCUCAUGCCACCACCAUUCUUAGUGAACAUGGAUGGUGACCCCUACCCACCUGGGUACCAACGGCUCGUCCCAGGAAGGGAGAGCUGCCGCGAGGACCAGCUUAUACCUAAUGUGCUUCUCAAUGCCAAUGGAGAUCAGGAAGUGCUAGAUGUAGCCCUUGUUGAUGUGGAAAGUGGGGGUGGUCCUGCACCAGGUCCAUCUUCAGGGCCAGGACCCGGGCCAAUUCCAGGACCAGGGCCAGGUCCUAUUCCUGGACCAGGGCCAGGUCCUAUUCCUGGACCAGGGCCAGGGUCGGGUUCAGGGACAGCACACCACGGGGAGGGCAGUGUUCCUUUGAGUUCCCAGCGUCCAAGCAUUGAUGACAUGAUCCAGCGGCUGGCCCAGGAGCAGGACCAGCGCAUUGCUCAUGACCGCCGCUCAUCAGAGUCUGGGGAGCCACAGGCAGGGCCGAGUGGGGUGCGUGAACGUCGGGAGAGCAGCACUGGUGGCCCGAGGGCCAGUGGAGAACGCAGAGCAAGUUCAGCUGGUCCUACCAGUGACCAUUCAUAUGCUGUGGCAACUCAACACGAUCCACUUUCUCCACGUGCCAGCCGGGUGGGGGCACGCAGAGUGGGAGAUGUGGAGGGAGUGCGACAGUCAACUGGAAACUGGCAACGUGACCCCAACAUGAAGUGGAAGAAGCGGGUCAUAGUAAGAUGCCUCAAGAUCUCUGAAAUAAAGCAGUCGGUUGAGACACGCAUGGCCAUAGGAGAGAUGGAGAUGCAGACGUUCAUGGAGGAGAGUAAGAAGAAACCUGAGCCUGUUCGUUCUCCUCAAAUGCACCACCACCACCAUGGCCAGGCAGACAGGAAAAAGAAAAAACAAAAGAAACAGCAGCAACAAACACAUUCAUAUUCUACUCGUUCUGUGAGGGAGGCAGGCCAAGGCACCUUUGUUGGACAUGACUCAGAUGAUGGAGAACCAGUUGGAGCCUCAAGCAGCUCAGGCAGUUCUUCAUGUUCUGAAGUGGUUAAUGAAGAGCUGCAGGAAUCUUCAAGUUCUGAGGAACAGUCCACAGACUAUUCAGACUGGACAGCUGAGGCUGGUGUUAACCUGGAGCCUCCCAAACGUACUGUACAUAAACAAAAGAAGAACCCAAAGAAGAAGCAGCACCGGAAAGCCAGCAGCGAUGAGGAUGAUGACAGAGCUAAAGAUGACGAUGACGAUGAUGAUGAAGAUGACGAUGAGGAUAAGGCUAAAGUUUGGAACUCUCCAAGGGUACAACGAAAGCGGCGACCAUUGCAGAAUUUGGCAGAGAUCACUGGAGGGUUGGAUGAGAUCCCAGAAGAGUUUCGCCCUCCAGAGUGGUUAACAGAGACUUUUCCAAAGAAGGCACCAUACUUCCCUCAGAUGGGUGACGAGCUCAUCUACUUCAUGCAGGGACACAUGCUGUAUGUUGAGGCUGUCAUGAACCGUAAGCUUUACACUGUUGAUAAGAGGAAUUUGCCCUGGACCAGAACCACCAAUAAACUAAGGCAUCAGGAAUUUGUCAAGAUAAUUGGUGUCAAGUACGAGAUCAAACCUCCUCGCCUGUGCUGCCUCAAGCUGGGCAUUCUGGAGGUGGGCACAGGGCGACUCACUGCUGACUCCUUCACCAUCAAGUACCAUGACAUGCCAGAUGUGCUAGACUUCUUGGUGCUCAAGGCCACGUAUGAUGUCGCUGCCAACAGACUCUGGCAACAAGGAGACCGGUUCCGCUGCAUAAUUGAUGAUGCGUGGUGGUUGGGCACUGUGGAGAGCCAGGAGCCUCACCUAGCAGAAUUCCAGGAUUCCUUGUUCAUGUGUUACCGUGUGCUGUGGGACAAUGGGGAGAGGGAGCGACUCAGUCCAUGGGAUAUGGAGCCAAUAGAUGAAAACAUGGAGAGUGUUGAGCGUGGUGGCAGUGUGGUAGUUAAGAAGGAGGAGCUGGAGGAGCUGUUGUACACCACACAGGAUGAAGAAUGGGCUGGUCGGGAUCCAGAUCAAGAAUGUGACCGCAUCUCGCACGGUCUCUCUCAGAUCAUGGGUCUAGCCAUUGCUGAGCCCUUCCUAGUGCCUGUGGAUCUUAAUGUAUACUCCAAUUAUGCCCUUAUGAUUGAGUACCCCAUGGAUCUCACCACCAUUAAGAGUCGGCUGGAUAACCGUUUCUAUCGAAGGAUCAAUGCAGUACAAUUUGAUGUUCGUUAUAUUGCCACCAAUACUGAAAAAUUCAACCGGAAGGGGAGCAUUAUAGUCCGCCAUGCCAGGAUAGUCACUGAGCUGUGUCUUGAACUCAUCAAGGGUGGAACGUGCAUUGACCCAACUAAUCUGUACCGUGAGCUGCAGCAAAAUUACCACUCACCAGACCACAGUGAUCACAGUCUUGAAGAUCACGAAGGCAGCACUUCACGGGGGAUUAGUCGCAACAAGGGAACCACCAAGAGCAGAGGUCAGACCAGUCAGGACAACUGCUCCUGGCAACAAAUGUGCAAGGAUCUCCUGAGAAGCAUAUUUGAGAGAGAAGACUCCAUGCCAUUCAGGUAUCCAGUAGACCUGGACCGGUAUCCUGACUACAGCCAGGUCAUCGAUGUACCUAUGGACCUGACUACAGUGAGAGAGGAACUGUCAGCCAAUGGUUAUGCAACUCCUCAGGACUUUGCCAAAGACAUGAAGCUCAUCUUCACCAAUUCUAAGAAUUACAACACAAACAAGAGAUCCAGGAUCUACUCGAUGACCCUACGUCUGGAGGCAUACUUUGAAGAUCAAAUAAAGUCCAUAUUAUCCAGUCACAAGUCUAAAGGUAAGCGCAACCCUUCUAAGGCCACGCCCCGCCCAGCCAAACGCAAAGCUGCCCCUCCAGCCUCUAAAGUGAGUAGUGGGCGGGCCGGCCCCUCUCAACCAUCUACCUCCUCGGUGAAGGCAUCCACUGCCCUCCCAUCUUCUGAUUCAACCAGGAGACUGCCUGCCCCUCAUGCUCCUCCACCACCUCCAUCCAGCAAGAAGGGGCUGGGGCCAAGCAAGACAACCAGCUUGAGCAGAGUGAUUGGACUCAGCAGACCAGCUGUCUCCUGCCCCAAAAACUCCUCAGCUCGGACCAGCAGUGACACGCGGAGAAAUGCCAUCCCACACACAUCUGGCAGACAUGCAUCUCCUCACCGCACUAAGUUGACCUCCGUAGCUUAUGAUUAUGGGGCAGGUGUAGGUGAAGAUGACUUUGAUGAUGAGGAUGUAGAAGCAAGCAUUGCCUGUUCAACUGGGAAGGAUAACAUGCGAAGGUCAAGGAGAGUAGCCAGGAAGAAGCUGCUCAAUGGGGAGGAUGAGGAAGACGACUCUGGGGAAGAGUACAAUCCCAGAAAUCGAAAAAGGAAUUCAGGUAAAUCCAAGAAGAAAGGAGUGGCUACACGUAAUCGUGGUCGAGUGACUGUGCAAUACAAUGAGGAGAGUGAAGAGGAGGAAGUGGCAGUACCAGCAAGGACUACCAGUGCUGUCCGAGUCACAAAGAAAGGUAGAGUUCCAAGUGAAGAGAGUGAGAAUGAAAGCAGUGGGGCUGACAGUGCUGGACCCAGCACUAAGUGGACAAAUGGCCAGCUGAGUGGGGCAAGAAACAGACUUAGCAGCAGCACCUCAACCAGUCAUGAUGAGGCAGAUCAUAAAGCCAAUAAGUUCAGUAGGGUGAAUGGUGUAGCUAGGAAGGCUAGGAGAGGAUCAGGUGGGAAGAGAGAGGGAAAGAAAGGGGUUGCUAGUGACAGUGAGGACAGUGAUGAUAGCAGUGACUCAGACAAUAAUGGAUCUUCCAUGCAGCCUGCCAAAAAGGCCACCAACACCAAGAGGAGGAAACAUAGUAACAGUGAUGGCAGUAGCAGUAAUAGUGGAAGACCUAGGAGAAAGAAAAAACAGCCGCAACAACAACCAGUAGGAGAAAGACAUAGUAGUCGAAUAUUACUUGCUAAAGCAAACAAGAAUCGACAAGCCAAGGAUGAGAGUGAGGUGGAGUUUGAUGAAGAGGACCUUGAAUCUAGUUCAGAAGAGAGCCUGGAAGAAAAGGAAGUGAACAAGAAGCUGCGUGCCAGCCGUCGACCAAAUCGAGGGGUAGCCUCUGGGGUGAGGAGGGCCAGGCGAGUAAUCUUGGACUGUGACCCAGAUGAGGAUGAAGAUGAGACUGAUCUCUUGGCUGAUCAUGACUUCAUAGACGAUGCAGACAUCACCGAGGAGGACGACAGCUCAUCCGAAAGUUCCUCUAGUGAGGAAGAGGAUGGAUGUAGGCGCUCUACAUCUAAUAAUAAUAAUAAGAAAAAGAAGAAACCUCCACCAAAGCCUAAACCAACAAAAAAGAAAACACAACCUAAGAAAAAUGCAAAGGUGGCCAAGAGUGCAUCAUCAAAGAAGAAGCCACCUCCCAAGAAAGCCACUCCGAGCACCAGUCACUCUCCUGCCAAGAAGAGGCCACCUCCAGGCAAGCGCCACCAGGUGCAGGAGUUGAUAUCUGUGAAUAGGCCUGGCCAAGCACCAAUUCCCUAUCAGCCCAUCAAUGUGUCAUCUCAGCAGGUCACAAUCAAUGAUGUGAAGCAUCGUGGCCGAGUGGUUGGCCAGGUGAUAAGGUCUCAGUAUCCUAAUGAUGAGGAUGAAAGCCAGAGUGAAACCAGCACCUCUGGCUCCUCCUCUUCCACCUCUUCCUCCUCUUCCUCAAGUGAGAGUGAAAACGAAGGACAUGGCAAGACAGUUGCAGGACAUAACAAGCGUCUUUAUGAUACUGAUGAUGCAGACAGGGGGGGCAGAAGCCACCGUCAGAAACGGCCAAGGGUCAGUGAGGACGAGGAAGAGGAAGAUGAAGUGAAUGUCAGCAGCCGUGGGCGAGUUAGGAAAGCCAAUAUUAUGAUGAAGGAUUUUAUAUAGUAUUAGGUUGAAGCCAAAAAGCAGCCAACAACCUUCUGGCUUCCUGCCCAGUCUCAGUCUUCCUCAGGUGUGCCUGUCUCAAGGGUGUCUGCCUCAGGCCACUUGAGCUCCCAGGGAUCAGUCAGCUCUGAGGGAUUUCCCUCUCUGCCCUGGGUCUCACAAACUGUCCCAAAUGUACCUGUCCCAGGUUUCCUAAUUUGCCUCGGGUGUCCCUCACAACCCCAGGAGCUCCUCACCUCUCCGGGCCACACUGUACACACACUGCCUUGGGGUGUCCCAUUGGGCCUCCAACAGGGACCUGGGUAGUCAAGUAGUAUUGAACUGUGAUAUUCUGUAGAUAUUUUGGGGGGGAGGAGGUAAUGGGGAAAUAUGUUAGCCACAUCAUUUCUUUUCUAUAAUUUCAUUUUCAGCCUGUCAUUUACUCCACACCAGUGGGGAUUUUUUUUUCAUAAAGUGUGAUAUACUUUUCAUACAAACCACUCACUCAGGGUCACUGUAAAAAGAAAAAAAAAGCAAAAUGGCAAAAAGCAUAUUUAUUUUUCUUACUCUGGUGUUGUCGUGCUGUUACAUGUUAGCAUUAAGUUGCCACCACACUGUUGCCACUGGAGGGCGUCGGACAGUGGCCUUAAACCCCCGACACCCAGCACUGUGCUGCGGCUCCUCCUCGGCCACCUGUGAUUUGCUGUAACUAAGAUGAUCUCCCUCCGAUUCUCCUCAUUGAACCAGAGUCUGAAAGUGAUGCAAAAGGUGACAACUUCACACUACCCCACAAAUUGCUGUAGAAGUGUGUAUUUCUGGGCAUCUUGUGCUGAUAAAUGGGCUUAUUUAUGCCAUGGUCUAAUGAUACAUGUCUCCGCUUAUGUCUGGCACAUAAGGGAAUAUUGGAUCUGUUGUAUUUGAGGCAUAACUUAAUUACAUGGUUGUCUAUUGCUAUUUAUUGCAUGUUAAAUUUUGUUCCAAUCAUGAAAGUUUAUUUAUUUAUUUUUUAUUUAUUUUUUUUUUUUUCCUGUAACAGUAGCUUGAUCACAGCAUGUGCUGUUGGCACUUAUUUUUAAAUUAUUUUCCUCCAACAACAUAGAUGGUACUCAGCACCAAACUAUUUGAUGGCAGAAACAAAUAUGAAAAGAAAGAUAAAGGAAUGGAAAUGAAGCAUGUGAGAAGUGCAUAACUUGCCUUUCAAAUGUAAUGUAAUUAAUUAAGAGUUAUUUGACAACACUUAAAAUCCCUACUGUCAUCUCUGCCCACCACAGUGACAAGACAGCAGCUUGCUGCUAGAAGGAUCUGAUGAUGUGAACAACUACAUAGUAUUGGUUCUAAAUAUUUAUUUCUACUGUUGUAGUGAAGCUUAUGUAUACUUUUCUGUUAACUGCAUAAAAUGGUGUAAUCUUUUUUUUUACUUCAUGUGGCAUGCAUGAUACAUAUUCAGUGUUUAUUUGGAGUGUGACUAUGUUGUGUUAAGUAAUGGUUUUACUAAAGGAUAGAAUAAUUGCUUAAUAUUUCCUUCCAAAUCAGACAUUUUUUCCACUACAUGUGCAGGAUAUCCUGCAGCUUUUAUAAGUUAACAUUUAUUAUCAACAUGCAUGGUUAAUUUCUAGCUUUUUCCAGUCUUUUAAUGUAUUUUUACUAAAACUUUUGAAAAAUAUUUAUAAAGUUUUGAUUGUCUAUAUACCAUAGCAGAGGAAAGCGUCUCUCUCUCUCUCUCUCUCUCUCUCUCUCUCUCUCUCUCUCUCUCUCUCUCUCUCUCUCUCUCUCUCUCUCUCUCUCUCUCUCUCUCUCUCUCUCUCUCUCUCUCUCUCUCUCUCUCUCUCUCUCUCUCUCUCUCUCUCUCUCUCUCUCUCAGUACAAAUUUUCACACUUGUUCAUGUAAUAGCAAGAAAGUCAUCUUUGCCAAGUGCACCAGUAUGAAGAAUAUGAAAAAUUUGAGAUGAAGAUAUUUUCAUUGGUGCUUUUCUCUUAGUGCUGCAACAAGCAGUUCAAGAGAAAACUUAUAAAACUUUUGUCUUAAUACAUUAUUUUCUUGGUGAUUAAGCAUGUAACUUUGUAAUGACAAUGCUUUAUCACCGGAGUCUUCCAAUACCGUCACAUGUUUCCUCUAUUUUGCUUCCAGAGCGCUUUCUUAUUUGCUGAAUUAUUACUUGAGUCAGGAAUGUUGACAGUCUACAAAGCAAAGCAUUGUGGUUUAAUGUGCUUGCAUGUUUUUAUGGCACCUAAUCAGUGACAUUAGUUAGGUCAACUGGCCCACUACUAAACAACUUAAUUCAUGUUAUCAAGCAAGAGGAGAAUAUGAAGAACAGAUUAUGUAUACUGUCAGUGUUGCCACGAAACCUGGAACAGUCUUAGUCCAUUGUGUAUUAAAUGAAGGACAGUUUUCAGUGGAAAAAAAAGGCAAGAACUUAAGGAAAAUAUCCUUGAUGGGUUUAUUUAAAAUGUUUUAAAAUUGCUAUUCCUAGAAAAUUUAUGUAGAAAUCCAUUAUGCUGUUGCACAAAUAUGUACUGAAGAAUCCAUAGUUAUUUGUAGCAAAAUGGAUUAUUCUGAUGAAAUAUUAGUAAGUAAUCUUUCAUGUUAAAUUGAUCUCUUGUUCUACUUAGUAUUGAUGGAAAUGUGACCAUUAAGAGCAGUCAUUCACGAAUGUAUAAGCUGAUUGGUUUCAUCAAUGUUUAAUGGAGUCUUCAGUAUUAGCUGGUUUCCAAAAUGACCAUCUCUUAAUAAAAUGCUUUGUUUCUGUUAAGUCUGUUGAAAGGAAAUCUAAGAAUAGUUGUGGCUUGUCUUGAACUUAGUGCAAUAAUUGUCUGAUCCAUUGAUGCCACACUGUGAACUGAAUGUGCAUGGUAUAAUCACUUGACUGGAGCACAGAUAUGUUUGAUACUUACAUGCAAUACAUAAGAUUGACGUAAUCCAGAUUUAUUUUUUCUCACUCAUCCUUUCCCAAUACCAAGAACAGUUCAAAUAUUUAAUAAAGAGUAUAAAGCUACAUGGAAGUAUAAGCUUCUGCUCUUCCUUCAACCAAAGCAAGCACACACACACACACACACACACACACACACACACACACACACACACACACACACACACACACACACACACACACACACACACACA